AUGCUUGUUCAUCAGGUCAACACUAAGCUUUGCUCAGCAAAGCAGUUCACACACCUUGCCAAAGUGGUGACGCCGGCCCUGUCCCACCAGGCCUGUUGUUCUGUAUACUCGGCAAACUUGCCUCGCCUGGCCGCUUCGCCUCGCCUUUUCUCGACCACGAGCUCCGCGCAGCUCCGGGACUUUUUCCCAGUCAAGGAGACAGAACAUAUCCGCCAGACACCACCCACAUGGCCGCACCACGGCCUGACGGAGAAGGAGAUGGUGGAUGUCGUCCCCGGCCACCGAAAACCUAGGACUCUCGGCGACAAGUUUGCCUGGGGUUUGGUUCGGAUAUCUCGCUGGGGCAUGGACAAAGUCUCAGGCCUCUCGUCGGAGCAGCAGCAAAUCAACAAGGGCAGCCCGACAACGUCAAUCGUGGCAGCCAAGCCCCUGACCGAAGCACAAUGGCUCAGCCGCUUCAUCUUCCUCGAGUCCAUCGCGGCCGUUCCGGGCAUGGUGGCCGGCAUGCUGCGACACCUCCACUCGCUCCGGCGCCUGAAGCGCGACAAUGGCUGGAUCGAGACGCUGCUCGAGGAGGCGUAUAACGAGCGCAUGCACCUCCUGACCUUCCUCAAGAUGUGCGAGCCGGGCUGGCUCAUGAAGAUACUCAUCAUCGGCGCGCAGGGCGUCUACUUCAACGCCAUGUUCAUCGCGUACCUCGUCAGCCCCAAGAUUUGUCACCGUUUCGUCGGGUAUCUCGAAGAGGAGGCCGUGCAUACAUACACCAGGAGCAUAGAAGAACUGGAGAGAGGGUGCCUGCCCAAGUGGUCCGAUCCAAAGUUCCAGGUUCCAGAAAUUGCUGUGUCGUACUGGCGCAUGCCCGAGGGCCACAGGACGAUGCGAGACCUGUUGUUGUAUAUCCGAGCCGAUGAGGCGAACCAUCGUGGUGUCCAUCACACCCUCAGCAAUCUAAACCAAGUUGAGGACCCCAACCCGUUCGUCAGCGACUAUAAAGGGAACAAGCCGCGGCCUAUUGCGGCCUCACGCCCAGAAGGGUUUGAGCGGGAGGAGGUUAUUGGCAGAGAAGUUAUCGAAAAGGAUGUUGUGGAGAAGGAGGUUAUUGGAAAGGAGGUUUCCGUUUGA